GCAAAAGGGAGAGGUGUUUGGGGCUUCCGAGGCACAGCAGUCUUUGUAGGAUGGGUGCAGGCGGUGGCCAGGGAGGGGAGCACAGCCCCUGGGGCUCUGCCCUUGAGUCCUCACAAGGAAGGUAGUCGAGGGACGAGCAGGCCACCAUGGCCAAGGGGCUCACUUUCUCUGUUCAGGCGAAAGUCAGGGUCCAAAUCCUGGACUUGGAGGGUAUGGGGUAGCUGGGCCUCUGCCACCAACCUGCUGUCCUUUGGUUGUUGGUUUCAAUCAUUUGGAACACUUUUUGUUGUGAAAUACAAUGAGUAUUCAGAAGAGGACAUGAAAAAGACGUGCAGCCUGAUGAUUGAAGACAGGACAAGGACCACCGCUCACCAUGGUGAAGCUGGGUUGCAGCUUCUCGGGCAAGCCGGGCAAAGACCCCGGGGACCAGGACGGGGCGACCACGGACAGCGUCCCUCUGAUCAGCCCCCUGGAUGUGAGCCAGCUCCAGCCGCCUUUCCCUGACCAGGUGGUUAUCAAGACGCAGACGGAAUAUCAGCUUUCCUCCCCGGACCAGCCAAAGAAGUUCCCUGACCUGGAGGCCCAGAAGCUGGCCUGUAACCACCCAGAGGAAGGGCGCAGGCUGCCCACGGCGCGGAUGAUCGCCUUUGCCAUGGCGCUCCUGGGCUGUGUCCUAAUCAUGUACAAGGCCAUCUGGUAUGACCAGUUCACCUGCCCCGACGGCUUCCUGCUUCGGCACAAGAUCUGCACCCCGCUGACCCUGGAGAUGUACUACACCGAGAUGGACCCCGAGCGCCACCGCAGCAUCCUGGCGGCCAUCGGGGCCUACCCGCUGAGCCGCAAGCACGGCACCGAGACGCCCUCGGCCUGGGGGGAGAGCUACCGCGCCGUCAAGGAAGGGCCCAAGGCGCCCACCCAGGCGGGCGCGGCGGGGGCGGCGGCGGCGGCGGCGGGGGCGGGGGCGGGGGCGGGGCCGGCCACCGAGCCCCCCAGCAAGGUCUCUGCGCCGGGAGAGAAAGAGGCAGCGCAGAAGGCGGCCGGCAGCGCCCCGCCCCCGGCCCCCCAGUGAUGGCCUCGGGGCCUGCAGCCCGGCGCCCGCCGGCACCUGUGACCGCCCUCGCCCGACGCUCUCCCACGCUGUGGUCGUGCCCCUGCUUCCAGGACUCCUCGCUGAUGCCCCUGCCCCCAGCCCGAGCUUGUAGCUCUGUUGCUUUUCUCUAAGUAAAGAUUCACAUCCGC